CCGUGGUUUCCGACAAUGUCAUCCGCAUCGCAAAACCUGGCAUCGUUCUGCUCUGCACCCUCGACCACAUCUUCCUACCAUGGGACAAGCAAACCCUCGACUUCAUCCAAACCGGCAACUGGCAAGGCCUCACCCUCUUUCUCGACAUCGAGCAAUCCCUGAUCCUCGGAACUCGGAAGAUGCACUGGGUCUCCAUCAUCGCCCAAAUGCUGUCUGCAGUAUCGGUUCAAAUCUAUGUCUAAUUGAAAAGCGGACUACUAGUUGCUGAUGGGAGAGCUGAGCAAAUGCGUCUUUCUACCGUCCUUUCUAUGGUUUUGAACGCUAUGAACAAUGCGAGCACCGUGGUCUUGGCAUCUGAUAUCUCUCGAACGAUCACCUUUGGUCGAGAUCUGUAUUUGAAAGUCCUUGGUUUGGGGGCUUACACUGCUGCAGUAGUAUUCGAUGAUGCGCUUGGAGAAACUCCACUCUUCACGAGAUUUAUGACGUUGAGCAAGAGCGAUUUCACAUUAUUGACUGCGUUUUUGUUCACGAGGCUUUUGCUAGGUUCGUCGAUUCAGAGUAUCGUUGUGGCGAUUACGGCUCAGUGGGAUUUGAGGAUGGAUUUUCAAAGAGUCGGGAUUCGCGGUUUCGACAUGAAGAGGUUGAUUCCUGAGCUGAAGCCGGGUGAGGAGAAUCUGGUGAAGGCGGCGUGGAAUUUGUCUUCGGUUAUGUUGGGACUUUGGGUUAUGGUUACGAUCAUUAGGGGAUUUUUCUAGGCCAGCGGGGUUGUAGUUGGAGGGGGAUGUUAUCUGCUGGGCCGUGAUUUGGGUUGAUUGGGAGAUGGGGCAAAGAAAAGUUUCGUUGUAUUGUCUAGUUGACAAAGGUCCAAAAUACGUGAUCGCCAGCAACCACAUCUCCAUCAAAAUCCAUCAGUUUGCUCUAUUAUGCGUAUGCGUAUGAAGUCCUAA